AUGAUCUUAGUUGCACAGCAGUCAGACGUCCUGCCACGGGACCACUGCCUUCCAAACACCCUAACCCUGCCGCCGCACCCCCGGCCGGGCCGUACCCGGGGGCCAAUUGCCAUCUGUACCACAGGUGCAGCCCAUAUCCAACCACAUAUAUCAUCAACACCAUGGCAGUACCCCAGCUCAAUCCAAGAAAACUUCCCACAAGAGAAUACCCCGGGAAAUCCAAGAAAUCUCCAAACUCAACAAUUUCGAUGA